UGUUGCCAGAGCCAAUUUACAGGGAUCUGGGAUAGUCGUUGAGGCAUGGGGGAGAGGAGUCCCUUGUGGGGGUGCCAGGUGUCUGGCACUCCUGCCCUGGCUUUCUUCAGUGCCCAGGAUGGCACCCCGCUAGAAAAGCAUCGACAUGUUCCUUAAACCCGAGAUUAUUUGGUAUCAAUGGAGCUGUUUUAACUUUGUAUUGCUGUGAAAUAUGGAUUACCAAUACCCGGGAGACGAUAUGAGGGAGUAAUGGUGGUUAAUGGUGCCGGGGAAGAGUGCCAGGGGCCAGCUUGUCGCCGGCACCGGCUGCUUCCUCGGGUGCCAUCAAUACGUGCCGCUCUUGCUCACAAGCCUCCGCCGGCGGCACUCUAGCCCACCAGCCAAUCACCGCAGCCCGGGGAGUGACGUCAUGCCUGCCACAGCCAAUCACAGCCUCGGCUGCGUUCCUGCCAUUCCAAAGGGGUGCCGCUGGAAUCCUGGAUGCCAGACAUCGCACGAGCGAGUAACUCAAAGUGACCCGCAAAUGUGCCCAGGGUUAGGAACAUUGAUGCUGUGGUGGCCAGGAGUGGCCAGAGUGGUGGCGUGUGGCCGCGGGCGCAGGCAGAGGCCAGGAAGGGCCAGGGUGGCGUGGCUGGAGGUAAAGGUAAGCGUCGGGAGGUAGCGGGCAGCGAGGAGCAGCAGAGGUGUUGAGGGGAGGUGCCAGUGUGGUGGUGCGUGCCAGGCCUCGUCUCCUGCGGUGCUGGUGGCUGCUGCACGCCCUCGCCCGCCUCUCCCACGCCUUCACCUGCUGCUCCGCCAGGCGAGCACGCCGCCUCUACCCUAGUGCCGCGCCCUCAGUCCCAGCCUGCCCUUCGUGCCUUCGCCAGGCGCCCGCUCGCCCGCCUCCUCCUUCCCCACCAGCUCACUAGUGCUCCUAGCAGGUGACCUACCUAGGUGACCCACCUAGGUGACCUACCUAGGUAAUUCACCUAGCUGGUGACCUACCUGCCAUUCCAAUCACCGCGUUCAGUCGCGCCGCCCACAGGUGUUGGGGCUUGCGCAGGACCUCUCAGUUGCUGGUGCUGGAGGAUCGAGCUCUCACCCAAACAUAGCUUGGACAUAGAAGAGGGGUGGGAAGGAUGACGUCACCGCAGCCAUCCCCGAGUCGACUAAGCAAAUACACAGCGAUGGGUCACCGGUAUCUCUCCCGCUGGGUGUCUUGGUCUGGCACCAUCUCUACCCCACCUGGAUCACCUUCAAGAAGUUCUCCCAACGAGAUCUUGUCUUUGUCACCACAGCCUCCCAGAGCCUUCCUCCCCAGGUCCAGAACAUCGUCUAAGGCCUCGAACAUGUCGGAGAAGACACCGGUGGCGUACCCGUUGGUGCCCAAGCUUCCGGUGCCACCGCUGGGCCACACUCUCACCUGGUACCUGGUUCACCUGAAGCCAGUCCUGCGGGACGAAGAGUACCAGGAGGCGGCAGACAUCGUGGACGAGUUCGGAAAACCAGGAGGUGUUGGCGAGAAGAUACAAGAGGAACUCAUCAAGAGACACGACAACACCGACAACUGGGCGUACAGCUGGUGGCUGGACGACAUGUAUCUGAACGUGUCGCUGCCGCUGUCGGUCAACAGCAACCCUGGCAUGGUCUUCCCCCACCAGAAGUUCUCCACGGACGCCGACAUGGUCAACUUCGCCACCCACCUUGUUACCGCCUCCUUCGAGAUGAAGGAACGCAUUGAAACGUGGGUGUUACUCUGUUUUCUCCUGCUUCACGACUACUGCUACUAUCUACUACUUACUGUUCCCCCGGUUUCCUUCUGUUAUUCUCUGGGUAUUCUCCUACCUGGGAAAGUGACCCAGCAUGACCUGGCUGUCUUUCCUGCCCCGGCCCUACAGAUGUUCCGGGUGGAGGUGGUGGUGGAGGGCACCAGGAUCACGCAGCAGAUGUUGUCGACGCAGUUGCACGAGGUGCUCCGAGCUGUCGACCAGUACGAAGGUUCCGACCCUCCUCCCGUGGGCAUUAUGACCUCAGACAACCGCAGGACGUGGGCACAGAGUCGCCAAAUACUGGCUGGAGAGGAGGAGAACAAGAAGAUCCUGAAGACCUUAGAGACGUGUGUGUUGGUGUUGUGCUUUGACGACCCGCUGCCCACCAAAUUCAACCUGCGGACGCCCACCAGUCACAGGGCCAGCCUCACCAAACGAUCUUCAAGCCUCAAUAUGAAUUCCCAGAACUCCUCGCAGGAGGACUCAAGGAUGCGCGACGAGGUGAAUGCAGGUCACCAGAUGAUUCACGGAGGUGGCUUCAACCACAACACCGCCAACAGGUGGUUCGACAAGACCGUACAGUUCGUGUUGACGCGGGACGGGUGGUGUGGCCUCUGUUACGAGCACUCGUGUGCCGAAGGCAUCGUCGUCAUACAGCUGGUGGAGCAGAUCUUGCAGUCCACGGCAGCCGACACACAGAAGGCGCCGGGGGAGGAGAGCGUCCCUGAAGGACUGACUCAACACGAAGAGGUGGUGCAGGAGAGGCUUGACCAGGAGGCUGGCACCCCAGCACGAGGAGCGGCUGAGGCAGGGCUAAUCACCGUAGAAGAACCAGCCCUGAAACCCACUCGAUUGGAGUGGAAGGUCACUCCUGUCAUUUGCCGGCGGAUGCAGGAGGCGGCCGAUCAUGUUGACAGGUUGGUUGAAGACCUCGACUUCCGCAUCCUGAGGUACCUGGGCUACGGCAGGAAUUUCAUGAAAAGAACCAAGUGUUCCCCUGACGCCUUCAUCCAGCUAGCCCUCCAGCUUGCUUUCUUCAGGUGCCACGGCCAGCUCACCAGCACCUACGAGAGUGCCAGCACCCGCAGGUUCCGGCUUGGGCGGGUCGACUCCAUCAGGGCAAACACACCCCAGGUGUUAGCCUGGUGUGAAGCCAUGGUUAUCAACGCACCCUUUGCUAACCGUCUGUCGAAAUACGAGGCUGCCAUCAAACUGCAGACGGAUAUAAUGGUUAACAACAUUCUGGGCAGAGGAAUCGACAUUCACCUCUUGGGCCUCAGGGAAAUGGCUAAGGAAAUGGGUCUGCCUACCCCAGAGAUUUUCAGCCAUAGGUCCUACCACGUGGCCAAUCACUUUCGGCUCUCCACCAGUCAGGUGCCUACUCUCUCUGACUCCUGGAUGGGCUACGGCCCGGUGGUACCUGAUGGCUACGGUGCUUCCUACAAUCCUCACCCAGACUACAUUGUCUUCUGUCUCUCCGCCUUCAACUCCUGCGAGGCCACUUCCACUCUGGAAUUCGGAAGAAAUCUGGAACGAGCUCUGGACGAGAUGAAAGUCCUCCUAGAAUCUAAAGCAAGGGUCAAGUAGAAAGGAUGGAGAUUUUUCACCGGAGAUCACAACGACAGAGUUGUAUAUUGUUAAGGAUGCUGACAGGAUUCUUGACCUUUUAUUUCUCCCACGCCCGUCCUACCCAUCCCUUACGUCCCCAAAUCCCCUUCCUGCCAAUCCCCCAACAGAUGCAUUCCGGCCUUCAGAAUAUUAUUAUUAUUAUUAUAUUAUUAUUAUUAUUGUGGAGAAGCGCUUAACUCGUAGGGAAAAUACAGCGCCUUACAGAAUUUUUAGGAGUUGUAGAAGCUGAAGUAGCACAGUAUCUUU